GCGCCCAGCUGGACGACUGUUCGCUGUCUUCGUUCCAUCAUCUUUUGCGCGCCGGGCUCCACUGGACACAAUGUCGCAAACCAUGGAGCAAACCGACCGGAACAGCAAUUGGGAGGAUAACGAACCGGAGAAGACGCAAAAGAGUCGGAGGCCACCCAACAAUGCGUUCCGACAGCAGCGACUGAAAGCAUGGCAACCUAUCCUCACCCCGAAAACUGUUCUGCCCUUGUUCUACGCCGUCGGCCUCAUAUUCGCCCUCUUCGGUGGUCUCCUGGUCUGGAACGACUCUAAGGUGCAGGAGAUCAUCAUCGAUUACUCACAAUGCAACACCACUGCACCUGACUGCGGCAGCGAUGGCUCGGGCCUGGCAAAACUCCCAGAAGACAAAGUCUCGUCGCAUUUUAAGAACACUACGUCGCCUGCAGACGCUGCGAAAUGGUGCAAGUACAGAAAACCCGUAGAGUACGGCCUGAUCCAAAAGGUCAGCGUCAGCACGAGCGUCUGCCGAGUACAAUUCUUCCUGCCUGAUGACAUGCAUCCGCCGGUCCUGCUUUACUACCAGCUUACCAAUUUCUAUCAAAACCACCGUCGCUAUGUUCAGUCCUUUGAUCAAAAGCAACUUGCCGGCGAGGCUCGGGAUAAUACCUCGAUUGGUGGCAGCGACUGCGACCCACUCAAAUCGCUUGAGAUCCCAGUGCAAGGCGGUGGAAAGGUUUCAAAGCCCAUUUACCCGUGCGGACUGAUCGCAAAUUCCUUGUUCAACGACACAUUCAGCUCUCCUGUACUCCUGCAGACCGGAUCCAGUGCGAACAAUGUGACAUACCGCAUGUCCAAUAACAGCAUCGCGUGGGGAUCUGACGCCAACCUCUACGGCCAGACCGCAUACAAAUAUGGAGAUGUGGUUCCACCACCUAAUUGGGCGCUUCGCUAUCCCGAAUACAACGAAAGCUUCCCCUUCCCCAAGCUUCACGAGUGGGAGGAAUUUCAAGUCUGGAUGCGUACGGCAGGCCUGCCUACGUUUAGCAAGCUCGCGCUACGGAACGAUGCCGAUGUCAUGAAGCGUGGCACAUACCAGAUCGAAAUCUACGACUACUUCCCGGUCAAUCUCUAUGACGGCACCAAGUCGAUUCUCAUCUCAACGCGAACGAUCAUGGGUGGCCGCAAUCCAUUUUUGGGCAUUUGCUACAUCGUUGUCGGCGGUCUGUGUGUUCUUCUUGGCGCGGUUUUCACCGUCACGCAACUCGUGCGACCUAGGAAACUCGGCGAUCACAGCUACCUCAGUUGGAACAACGACCAACCCAGCACUGCGACCACGACUGGCAGAGCUCCAUAGUUCGGCGAGGCCAUGUGAAUGUAAAUGGAGAUUGGCCAGUUGUGUUACCCAAUGACCCCGGUAUCUCAACACGAAGGGAAUGGAGUUACGGCGUUGAAUUCGUAGACUGGAGGAUCUUGUUUUGUCGCGAACAAAUCGAUCCCCACUGUAGACGAGCGAUUUGUAAUUUAUUUCGAUCAGGAAUCCUUGAAGGCGUGACCUUAAUAAAUGGGUUCAAGACGAACGUACCACCAUGCUGGACUAUCCGUACUUUGACCGGUAUUUGGACUUAUCAGAGGCCGACGUCUGGCCGAUAUCUCUUCCCGUGGAUAUAU